AGAUCCAAAGGAGACGGGAUAGGCGAUUGUGCCGUCAACUGAAAAAGGAUGGGAACAUGUAGCUGCAGGACUGACCUUUUCCUUUCUUGGUUUAAAUGCAGUGAUUUUGUCACCAAAUUUCUUACAAAACAAGUGUGCUCCUUGGAGGCUGGGAGAAGAAAGAGCACAUGGCAUAUUACUUCAACCAAACAGAAUUGGAGCCUCAAUGCUAAUCACAAAAGUAAGGUUCAUAGUUGCAGUCCUAAUUAAACUUAAUUGGAAAGAACAUCUAUUAAAAUUAAUUGGGUACUGUAUUGUGUCAACCCCACCUAAAGCAUUCUCUUGCCCUACUUAUGCCUUCGCUCAUUGUUGUUAGAAGAAAAGCUUUUCCUCACUCGCUCCAGGAAUGACCAUGGCAUCUGGCAGAAUAGGGACACGCCUUGCUGCCUGUCUGCUAAAUGUUUCAGAAGGAAGAAGAAAGGAUGUUGUUGAGAAAAUAGCAAAAGCUGCCGUUUGUAAGGAUAAAGGUCAGGAGUGUCAGCAAGCAACCGUGCUGAAUAUAUUUUCGGACUAUGAAUAUAAUAGAUCAGUAAUAACAAUAGCAGCUCCUGUUGACAGGCUUGGGAGCAGCGUUGUUGCUGCCUGCAUGGAGGCCUUCUCAUCCAUAAACAUGGCAGCACAUGUUGGGAUCCAUCCAUGUCUUGGGGCUGUGGAUUUGGUGCCCAUUUACCCAUUGUCAGGCGUCGACUUGGAGGAAUGUGGAGCGGUGGCUCGAAAUAUAGCAGAGCAUUUGGCUCAUUGUGUCCCUGGAUGCAGCAUAUUUCUUUUUGGACAUGCAGACCUCCCAAAGAAGCAAAGCCUUGUUCAAAGAAGGAAACAGCUGGGAUGGUUUAACCAAGGAGCUUCUAAAGCAGCACAUAUUAUUCCUGAUGUCGGAUUGGCACCUACUUCACAAUACGGCUUAACUGGUGUUGGGGCCAGCCCUUAUGUGAUGAACUGCAAUGUGACUGUAGAUACCCAGGACUUGGCAACGGCAAAGAAGAUAGCCCAAUCCAUCCGAGGAAGCAGCGUAGGGGGCCUGAAGGGCGUGCAGUCGAUGGCGUUCCCGCACAAGGGGCAAAUCGAAAUAGCGUGUAAUGUGGAAAGUUUUGAUGAGCAUGACAACCAGUUGGCUACUGGGGAAGAACCGGGCUACGUUUCGUACAGCAUUCUUGGGAGGACUUACUAUUAUGUGUCCCCACACUUGAUAGAAGCUUCCAUUCAGAAGUUAGCCAGAAGCCAUGGAGUCAGCACAGUGGGGACUGCGCUAGUUGGUUUUACACCAGAAGAAUGUGCGCGCUGUGCUGUCUACGCAUUAACCACUGGUGUUAGUGAAUUUUGGAGGGCUAGGGGUGGUAUCUUUAUGUGAUAGCCCUUUUUGUUAAUUUUAAGUUCAACUCACGAUGAUUGUAAGGGAUACUCUGAUCCAUUGUGAAAAUGGGACUAAGAAAUGGACAUUGGCAAAGCUAGAAAAUAAUGGUAUAUAUUAAUUAUGAUAUAAAGCACCUUUGGAGCUCCUGGCUGUUGUUGCCGACAGUUCAUGAGCUUCAUCCAACAUAGCUAGUGGAAAGGAUCUGUGAGAGUUGUAGUUUCCAACCAUCUGAAGGGGUAGAGGCUCAUCACCUCUUAUCAGGCAUUUAUAAUUUUUGAGUUACUGUAUAUACUCAUGUAUAAGUUAAUCUGAA